AUGUCGGCAAAGCCACACCAGGAUAUCCCCGGGGGCCGGUCUUCUCCACAGCAGCAGCAGCAGCAGCCGCAGGAGCAGCAGCAGCAGCAGCAGCAGCAGCAGCAGCGGGGUUCGCUGCAGCAGGGCCUUCGCGGGGGAGGAGAUGGCUCUUCAACAGCAGCACAAACAACAGAGCCUCCCAGCAGCCCCAGCAGCAGCAAAGACCAGCAGAAGGGGCAGCAAGGGAACCAGAAGCAGCAGCAGCAGGAGCAGCACGAGACGUUGCAGCCGCAGCAGCAGCAGCAGCUCCACCACCACCAGCAGCAUCAGCAGCAGCAGCAGCCCCCUCAAUCAGCGCAGCAGCAAGAGCAGCAAGAGCAGCAGGAGCAGCAGGGGCCUCGCCGUGGCCCUCCUACUGAGGAGGAGCGGUUAAGAGUCCGAGAGAAGUACAGACAGCGUCUGUUAGAGCGAAAGCUGUUAAUUUAUCAACGCGCACUUACUGAAGUUAUUGACAGAGAAAAACAAACAGGAGUCAGCAAACUCACCUUCAAAAUCUAUGUUCCCACCAGAUACGGCCAGGAUGUUUAUAUAAUCGGCAGCGAACCCUUCUUAGGCAGCUGGGCGGUGCCCAGCGCAGUGGCGAUGAAGUGGGGCGAAGGAAAUAUUUGGAGUGUCUCCAUCAAUGUACCCGCAGCACCUUGUUUUUUAGAGAGUGGUGCAGCAGCUCUAAGCCCCAGGCUCACCACGCACGUGGAGUUGCUUUUGUCGCUGUUGGGAUCGGCCGAUCCCGAUCCCGAUCCCCCACCAAUGAACCCCUCGCAGUUGGGGGCCCCACAAAGACAAAGCAUCUCCUCGUACCCGGGCCCGUACGCGAAUAUCUUUCUUAGCAAAUACCCCUACUUGGGGUAA